CUCGCAACGUUCAAACAUUCGAGCUCUAGUUCGGAUCUAGUUCAGAUUUGUUGUGAACGCUUCCUGGCCCCCGACAACAGCUUACGUCCGCUGCUCGGUGAUCUUCGAUCUCCAGUGACUCGUUUCCAGUUCAAGUUCUCGUCACAAAACUCAUUCUUGUGGCUGCCGCCGUUCUGCCGAGACGGAUUCCCAUCGAGUCACCCGGUACUGGGUAAUUACUACAGCAUCCGAUUUCACCAGCGUUCGCGAAUAACUAUGGAAAACCAGGAGUACACGGUAUUUCCGGAAGAUUUCAAAUUCGGCGCUGCGACUUCGUCGCAUCAGAUAGAAGGUGGAUGGAACGAGGGAGGAAAGGGAGAAAAUGUUUGGGACCACCUGACGCACACAAAACCCGAGUCCGUCAUCGGAAAGCACAACGGAGACAUCGCCUGCGACUCGUAUCACAAGUACAAGGAGGACAUAAAGUGCGCGAAGGAUCUGGGAGUGGACUGUUAUCGAUUUUCCAUCUCCUGGUCGCGUGUACUGCCGACUGGAUUCGCCAAUAAAAUCAAUCCAGACGGCAUUCGAUACUACAACGAAUUAAUCGACGGUCUGUUGGCUGAGGGCAUCGAACCAGCCGUGACGAUGUUCCAUUGGGACCUGCCGCAGCCUCUUCAAAAUUUGGGGGGAUGGAUGAAUCCUGCCUUGGUCGACUACUUCGAAGAUUAUGCCAGAGUGUUGUAUGAAAAUUUUGGCGACAGAGUGAAAACUUGGUUCACGAUCAACGAGCCCUGGGUUAUUUCCGAAGUAGCUUACGGUUACGGGGCUCUUGCUCCGGCCGUGAAAUCUCCCGGUGUCGGAAUUUAUCUUUGUGGCGAAAACCUCCUGAAGGCACACGCCAAGGCAUAUCGCCUGUACGACGAAGUCUUCAGAAGCGAGCAAAAAGGUCGCGUAACACUCGUCAUCCACUGGUUAGGCAUGAUUCCCGUCACGGACUCACCCCGAGAUUUAGCCUUGGCCGAAAAGGCUAAGCAAUUCAAGUUCGGGUGGUUCGCCCAUCCGGUUUUCAGCGAGAACGGUGAUUAUCCGCACAUCAUGAAAGAAAGCAUAGCGAAGAAAAGCGCGCAACAAGGAUUCCCGAGAUCUCGGUUACCCGAACUUGGCGAUUAUUGGGUGAAUUUCAUUAGAGGAACGGCCGACUUUAUAGCCAUAAACACCUACUCGUCGUUUUACGCGUGCCCUCUCAGUCCAGACGAAGAAGAGUCCGGACUCUCUUGGUGCAACGACAUCGGAGCGCGACUUGAAAACGAAGGACGUGGGUGGCCGGACUCCACAUGUUAUUGGCUCAAGGAAAAUCCAGUUGAAUUUGGUAAUAUGUUCCGAUGGAUUAGAAAGGAGUACGGUGAUCGCGAGAUCGUAAUAACGGAGAACGGAUGGGCUGACAGUGGCUCUACGCAUCUCGACGACUACGAGAGAAUCCGGUACACUCAUCGGUAUCUGAAAGAGCUGCUCACCGCGAUCCAUCGCGACAAGAUAAGGGUCACAGGCUAUUUCCACUGGAGUUUGAUAGACAACUUUGAAUGGCUGACAGGAUACACAUCGAGAAUGGGACUUCACCGGGUUGAUUUUGAUCAUCCGGAUAGACCGAGGAUGAUAAAGGCUUCGGGUAGGUAUUACAAGGAGUUGAUAAGAGCACGAAAAUUACCGGAAAAUGUCAACGAGGAGGUAUUUGCCAGAGAUAAACGAUAUUGCUCGAAAACAUACGAUGUGGACAGAAAGGAAACCAUACUAUUCGCUUGAAAAGAAAAAAAAAUUUUGUCGAUAAAAUAAAAUGGAGAGCGUUGCUACGUGCGUGCCCUCGGUCCAUACCGUUUA